AGAUGAAGUGUGCUGUUUUCUUGCAGUUAUUUUAAAAAUACAUUUACAUCUAUAAACGUGCACACAGAAAUAGAUUCCUCACUCCCUAGCUUAAAAAAUACUUGUCCUACUGUGUGGAUAGCUGGUACCCAGUUCAUUCAACAGAAAGUCUUGACUGUUUUUCCAUGUUUCUAACUGUCGCAGAGUGUGCACCACAGAUGCUCAAAUUUAUUUAUCCACCUUCCCAGAGCUGAGCCCUCUACUCCCUUCCCAGCCGACCCCAGAGUAUCCUGCCGUCGCCUCGCUCCUCGUCUCGGUUUUCUCGCUCAUAGCGCCCCCUUUCUCUGCUAUCCUUGCUACGGCUCCUUCGCCUUCUUUCCUAACAGCCCUGGGCAAACCUCGCCUCUCCCGGCCCCCGCACGUCACCGUCCAGCAUUUUGUCCCCUCUCCCGCCCUAGCUUCUGGCCUGCCAGCGUCGCUCCACUCAUUCGCUGCCCCCCCACUCGAAUCUUUCCGCUCCCCUGCCCGCGAUCUCCUCCCCCUCUUCGCUCCGCACCCGGUCCUGCCACUCCGCGGCCCCACAGGAGCGCACAGCCGGCGGGCUGCAACGCACGCUGUCAGAGUAAUGAAUGGCUUCAGCGGUAAUUAGCGACCCGGCGGCUAAUCACGAUGUACAUUUACAUUUUAAGUGCUGCAGAGGGAGCUGGGAAAAGGAGGGGAGCGGCGGGAGGGGGCGCGGGCCUUUUUCCCCGGUCUCCCUUCACUGACUGCGGAACGAAGUGAAUCGAGUCUUCUACAGCUGGCGCCAGUGGAGGGGGACCGCGGGGCGGCGCUUUCUAGCGCCAGCUCAGAGCAAAGGCAAACGCAGAACGGUCUUAUCCUCACCCGACGUAAACUCCUGGCCCCUGCCUCCGAAUCGUAGACCCCUGCGUGAUCCCUUCAAAGUGAACGUUCAGCCUUGGCUCGCAUACUCCCGUGGGUGGAGAGCUCGCUUCUGCGCUUAUCAGCCCGUUCGAACAUAGAUUCCAGCCAUUUUGGGACUUUUUCUCAGGCCUAACGAAACUGAUGCUCUUUAAGUCCCACAACUGCCCUAGUCUUACAGGGCCUGAGGUUCCCUGCGCCCUGCCACGCGCUGCAGACUGUUGUGUCUUCUUCAGACUACUGUGUCUCCGACUCCUAGGGCUGUUCCUAGAGGGGCCUCUGGGAGCUGGGGCGGGGUGGAAGUACAGGUUUGGAGCAGAACGCGACCUCGAGGGCCCCUGAUCCCAGAGGGCGAGCAAUAGAUCCGAGAAGGGCGUUGGUCAUUCGUACGGUGGGGCUCAAAGGUUCGCCUCCUGCAGUCACUCCCACGGCGCGGUAAUGGGUCAUCCCUGGGUUUCAAACAACAGGGCAGAUCUAGGAGAUACAGGAUGCUGAGGAUGCAAAAAUGGCAGCGAGGAGAGGGUGGGGGACCCGGCAGCUCCAUCUCAAAACCGACCCGGCUCCCCCAAGCAUUGUCAUGCUCCCAGCACUUUAAGGGUUUCCCACCGGCCACAACUCUGUGCUCCUCCUUGCCACGCCCCACGUAGUCACCCUGGCCCAGAUCUGGUCUGGCCCACUCUUCAGUUCUGUGCGUGGGCAAGGGGGUGGAAGGAUGAAGAAGGAGACCCUAGGGCAGAUCGAGGGAGGGUCCAAUUUCUUCUCAAACUCCCUCCCUCCCAUCAGCAGCGCUUCAAUCCCAACCUCGCUUCUCCCUUCGCUGUUCAUCUCUCCUGGCAGGAGAUCCCCGGCCACUCCCUCUGUUCUGCAGAGGUCCUGGGAAGGGACACCCUGUAGCUUCAUAGUGCCCCGAGGUUUCAACUUCCCACCUACUUCCCUUUUCCCUCAAAACAUACUUUCACCCAGUCUCCUUUUUGUAAAGGAAGCCAGGCUGACUAAUAACGAAUUCCACCUGGGAAGAAGGGGGUGGGGUGCUGGAGGGGAUCCACGUUAGCAAAGAAAAAUACCUGGCUUACCCUAAAGCAUGCAGCUUUAAUACUCGACUUUCAGGCAUGAAUGGAGGCAGCUUAACUCUCCCUUGAGAAGAGGUCUCCUUGGUCUCUUCUCAUUCACCUCAGGGAACAGUCUAGCUCACGGUCUCAGUCCCCACACCACAGGGGGUGGGGGUGGAAGGGGUCCAGGAUGCUUCAGCUUCAGUCAGGCGCGGCGAAGCUGAAACCUGUCUUAGGACCACACCGCGACGUAAUCAUCCGAAGGCAGGCGCGGAGCGAAGCCGGAGCCAGCCCCUCUCGCACUCUGCUGACCGUGCACAGGCUGUCCUUGAGGCGAGAAUACCCGCUCCAGAGCGGAGGGACACAGCGGGGGUGGGGGGGUUGGGGGGAAGUGGAAGAAAGAAGCCUCAGCCCCCAGCAGGCCGCUUCGAAAUCUCUCCUUGUAGGGGACAAGGGGCUGCCUUCAGUUCUGAAACGCAGAAGGACUCAGGGACCCGUUCUAAGGCGGCGUUUACCUCAAACGCAGUUUUUAUUUAGAUUGCCCGUUUAUGAAGGUUGUCUCAGAGAGAGCUGAUGGCGAUUAUAGGGAAACUUCGCCUAACAAGUCACUCCCUGGCUUUGCCACUGCGCUCCAUCGUGCGUGCCGCUCCCACGCGCCUAUAGCUGAGGACCGGACUGGAUCCGGGAGGCGGGUGAGGCUGGGACAAGAGCCCGCAGGGCUGUUGGGGGCGGGGCCUGUCGGUGGGGGCGGGGCUCCCAGGCUCCCAGGCGGGGCCUUAGCUAAAGGCGCGGAGCACAGGGCGCCGAGAGCGCAGAGUAGAGCAGCGCCCAGUGGAGAGGAGUGGGAGACGAGGAUUGUACGGUCCCCGCCCGCCCACUAGCAUCCACGCCGCUUCCGCACCCUUACCCCUGCUGGCCCUUGCCGGACGCGACCGGCCGCCAUGCAGCCCUGGGGCUGAAGCGGCCCCAUGGCGAAGCCACCGUCCCCGCGGUCCCGGCAACUACGGCGCAUGGAGAACUUCCGUAAGGUGCGCUCCGAGGAGGCGCCGGUGGGGAACGGGGAGGAGGGAGGCGGCCCUGGCUCGGGCCCCUUCGGCGACCUGGCGCCAGGCGCCGUGCACAUGCGGGUCAAGGAGGGCAGCAAGAUCCGGAAUCUGCUGGCCUUCGCCACCGCCAGCAUGGCGCAGCCAGCCACGCGCGCCAUCGUCUUCAGCGGCUGCGGUCGGGCCACCACCAAGACCGUCACGUGCGCGGAGAUCCUCAAGCGCCGCCUGGUGGGCCUGCAUCAGGUCACGCGGCUGCGCUACCGGAGCGUGCGCGAGGUGUGGCAGAGCCUCCCGCCGGAGCCCACGCCGGAUCAGAAGCCUGACGAACCAGCCGCCAGUCUCACUGUACUCAAGAACGUGCCCAGUCUCGCCAUCCUACUUUCCAAGGAUGCACUUGAUCCGCGCCAACCCGGCUACCAGCCCCCGAGCCCCCAUCCUGGGCCCUCUUCCCAGCCAACUGCACCGACGUCUAAGAGGAGUCUCGGAGAACCCGCAGCUGGAGAAGGCUCUGCGAAGAGGUCACAGCCUGAGCCAGGUGCAGCGGAAGAGGACCAGACGGCCUGAGAACUCCAUCUUCUGGGCCACGUAGACGGGCUGGAUCUUACCCCCCUGAGCUUCGACCUUGAGACACACCUCCAGCCUUUCACGUCUUGGUACACUGGAGCCCCCAGUCUGGACCCAGCUCCUCAGACUGGAAGCACGGACCCCAAGGCGACAAGAGAGGGACCCCAGAGAAGCUUCGUGCGCCUCUACCUAUGUUGCCUGACGUUACAGGACUCCACCUUCAGCUUUUCUGAACCAUACAGGGAUCUACUUCAGGGAGGGAAUGGUGGGCAGUAGAACUUGAGCGUUGAUCAGAACCCGCAAGGGUUAAAGGCACUUAGGAUUUUUGAAGAGGGCUUGGAGGGUGGAAGCUGAGGAAACUCUUGGAAUCCCCCCACAAUUGUAGUGGAGGGUAAUGGGUCAGAAACCACUGCUUGAGGGCAGGGGAUUCUGAGUUGUGUGGGGCCCUAUUCUGCCACUUACCCCAGCACACAGUUUCUAGUUUUCCUUCCCUUGCCUUUAAGGAGCAUCCUGAGAUCAAGGUGGCAGGGGCAUCUCCCCAGGAUCUAGCUCUUUUAACAUCCCCCCUUCCCCAUGCUGGCCCAGAGGAGAAGACCCAGGACAGGACUCUCCAGGCCUCCUCCUUUGAGCCCCAUAGCAGCUGGAGUCUUGCUUCCAAUAAAACAAACACAAAAAUGA